AUGCAACCACAAAACAAUCCGACGACAACAACAACAGUAUUUCAUUAUGAUAUCAGUCCCGAUGAUAUAAUACCGCAAACAAAAUGUUUUAAAUUUGUUAAAUACUCGUUGAUUACGGCAAUAGUUAUAUUGAUAUCGAUGGCACUUAUCGUACUAAUAAUAGCUGAAACCAAGUCUAAAGAAAAAAUGUUUCUCAGUUUGGGUAUCGUUUCGCUGGUGGGAGUCAUUGUUUUCACAAUAGGUUUGUUGGCCAUAAUCAAGGAGAACAUACCGUCGGUGAUGAUCUUUGCUGUGGUCAACAUAUUUUAUUUGCUACUAUUUAUGUACUCACGAGUGCUAACGAGUCCCGGUUUGAUAGUAUUUCGUACACUAGUAUUGCUAUUGUUGUCCAUCGAGUCGCUAUGUUUUGCAAUUAUGAUCAGAGAUUGGCGUCAAUUACAGCAAUCAAAAAUCAAUGCCAAAGUGUUGGCCGCAGCCAACCAUCAAAUCUAUAGCAACCCCUAUGGCGGCGGACAAGCCGUCUAUGGUUAUCAGUAUUAUACGAGUGCCACCAAUCAAAAUGUUAAUAAUGUAUGA